AUGACUGCAGCAUCUUUCUGUGAUAUUUUCGGCUUGGUAGAGGUUGGGCUGUUUGUGGGCCAGACGCUUCCAGAUGCUUUGGAUGGCCACGCCGAGGACCAUGAGGACCUCGAGGCCGAGGAUGCCGACCCAGACGGCAUUGAGGAUCUCGUCCUCGUUGCUAAAGUCGAAGUCGAACUUGGUGUUUUGCAGCUUCAUGUUCCCGAUCAUGGUGGAAGAAGCGGAAGAGGGGUUGGUUGGUGUAAGUGGAGUGAGUUCUGUGGUUGCGAAUUGAGAGACUAUCGAUUGGCCGAUGUUAUUAGCGACUGA